AUGACUUCAACAAAGUCCAUAACCGUGACUUUGCAGCAAUUGGCGAAGAUGAUCGACCACUCACUCUUGCACCCUACAAUGACUGAUGAGGACAUACUCGAAGGUCUCGCCAUUGCCAAGGAGUAUGGCGUCGCCACGGCAUGUGUCAAACCAUACCUCAUUCCUCUCGCCAAACAGGAACUUGAAGGAUCGGGCGUCCUAGUGUGCCCAGUUAUUGGCUUCCCGCACGGCAACAGCACCACCGAAGUCAAGGUGAUUGAAGCAGAUCGUGCUGCCGCCGCAGGAGGCAGUGAGAUUGAUAUGGUUAUAAACAUUGGAAAGGCUUUAGGCGGUGAUUGGGAUUAUGUUGCACGCGAAAUUCGGGAAGUUAAUGAAACGGUUAUCAAGCAUGGCGCUACGCUCAAGGUUAUUUUCGAAAACGACUAUCUCAAGGACGAGCAUAUCAUUCGACUUUGCGAAAUAUGCUCCGAGAUUGGCGUCGCAUUCGUCAAAACUUCCACGGGAUACGGCUUUGUUAAGCAAACAAACGGGCUCUACACGUACGCUGGAGCUACCAUCCACCACCUGAAAUUGAUGAGAAAACACUCGAAGCCAGAGAUUCAGGUCAAGGCAGCUGGAGGGGUCCGGACGUUGGAUGACUUGCUACAUGUUAUGUCUCUUGGCGUGACUCGAAUCGGAGCCACGGCAACGGUCGCCAUUAUGAAGGCUGCAGCUGAAAGGGGAAUAACAAAUGAGCCUACGACAGUCGAGUUUCAGCCUAUGGCUGAGCAGCAGCUCGGAGGCUACUAACAAAC